AUGGAGGUCAACACUCCAUUAUCUCCCUAUGAUAGUCUUGUGCUCAAUGAUGGCUCUCUGCCUACUGAUGCUUCUCGAUUUCGUCAAAUCAUUGGUGGUGGUCUUCAGUAUCUCAACCUCACACGCCCUGACAUAUCCUUUGCUGUUAAUAAACUCUCUCAGUUCAUGCAUCAGCCUUCGGAAUCUCACUGGCAAGCCCUCAAGCGUCUCCUUCAUGACUUGAAAGGCACUUUAUACUUUGGUAUUCAUCUUUCUUGCUGCUCCUCUGACCGUCUCUAUGCUUUCUCUAAUGCGGAUUGGGCCGGCAAUCGUGAUUACUGUAAAUCCACUACUGUCUAUGUUGUUUAUCUUGGUGGAAACCUCAUCUCUUGGAGCUCUCGCAAGCAAUGCUUUGUAGCCGCUCUUCCACCAAAGCAUAAUAUCAUGCCAUUACUACCACCACUGCAGAAAUUGUAG